AUGGAGACCCUCCUCAACCUCCCGCCCACCCGGCUAGCCUUGCUUCUUCUCACCCUCACCCUCACCAGCAUCCUCCUGCUCACCCGGCUCCACCGCGUCCACACCCGCCGGCAAUUCGCCCAGCAGCACGGCUGCAAGCCCAUCACGCACUACAGCAACAAAGACCCGAUCCUGGGCCUGGACGAGAUCUACCGCGGCAUCACGACGGCCAAGCGGCACCAAGCCCUGGAAUCCAUCACGCAGCGGUUCCAGCAGCACGGGCACACGUUCGCCUCGCGGCGCCUGCUGAAAUACAUCAUCGUGACCAUCGAGCCCGAGAACAUCAAAACGAUCCUCUCGACCCGCUUCAGGGACUACGGCCUGGCGCACCGCCGCCCGAUCUUCCAGCCCCUGCUGGGCGAGGGCAUCUUCGACACCGACGGCGCGCACUGGGCCGCCUCGCGCGCGCUCAUCCGCCCCAACUUCACCAAGGACCAGGUCGCCGACCUCGCCGCCUUCGAGGCCCUGAUCCCCGCCCUGCUCGCGCACAUCCCCCGCGACGGGGCCACGGCCGUCGACCUCCAGGAUCUCUUCUUCCGGUACACCAUCGACUCGGCUACGGAUUUCUUGUUCGGGCAGUCCGUCGGCAGUCUGACGAUGCAGCGCAGCGAGCUCGAUUUCGCCGCGGCGUUCAACUAUGCCCAGGAGGCGAUGACGGUGCGCGCGAUCCUGGGGCCGUUCGGGCGGUUCUACUACGAUAAGAAGGCGGAGCAGUGCAAUCGGAUCUGUCGGGAGUUUGCGCUGCCGUUUGUGGACGAGGCGGUUCGGGCUGUUCGGGACGGUGGGAGUGGGAGUGGGAGGGGGAGUGGGGCCAGGGCCAGGAAGACCGAGAAGUAUGUCUUCUCGCAUGAGCUAGCCUCAAGAACGAGCGAUCAGCGCCGCAUCCUCGAUGAGCUCAUGAAUGUGCUCCUCGCCGGGAGGGAUACCACCGCCAGUCUGCUGAGUAACAUGUUCUUCAUGCUGGCGAAACAUCCCGCGGUGUGGGCGAAAUUGCGGACGGAGGUGGUGACGGCGUUGGAGGGCCGGUUGCCCUCGUAUGAGGAGCUGAGGGGGUUGAGGUAUCUGCGGUGUUGCGUGAAUGAGUCGCUCCGACUCCACCCCGUCGUCCCGAUGAACGAUCGCGUCGCCGUCAGGGAUACGGUCUUGCCGGUUGGAGGUGGUCCGGAUGGACGCGCGCCGGUCUUCGUGCCCCAGGAUACGAUCGUCGCGUAUAAUGUGUAUGCCAUGCAUCGGCGGAGGGACUUUUACGGGGACGACGCGGAUGUCUACCGGCCGGAACGGUGGGAGGAUGGCCGGCUGCAGCCGCGAUGGGAGUACCUCCCGUUCAACGGGGGCCCGCGCAUCUGCAUCGGGCAGCAGUAUGCGUUGACGGAGGUGGCGUAUGUGACGGUGCGGCUGGCGCAGGAGUUCGCGGGGCUGGAGAGUCGCGAUCCGGGCCCGUGGGAGGAGUCGCUGACGCUGACUGUGUGUUCGCGCAACGGGACCAGGGUGUGUUUGACGCCGGCCUAG